CUCUGGUAGCAUGUGUGUGUGUGAGAGAGUGAAAAAUGAUGGUAGAAAUUGGGUUCAUUUCAAUGGUGAUAUUGUGUAUUUUGGUUGUAUUAUUGGGAUGGAAGGUGUUGGAAUGGAUAUGGUGGAGACCUAAGAAGCUGGAGAGGCUUCUCAAGGAACAAGGCAUCGAAGUCACUCCAUACAAUUUACUGUUGGGUGACCUGAAAGAGAGCCAAAGGCUGUUCAAGGAAGCUCGGUCCAAACCCAUGAACCUAUCCCAUCAUAUUGUUCCACGUGUCAUGCCCUUUCAUCUUCAAACCAUACAGAACUACGGUAAAAAAUCUGCCUUUUGGUUUGGAACAAAUCCAAGAUUGUAUAUUAUGGAUCCUGAACUCAUAAGGGAUAUUCUGAGCAACAAGUUUGGUGACUUUGCGAAGAUCAAAGGAAAUUCUCUCUCACGUUUUUUUGUGAGGGGACUUCUUGAUUAUGAGGGUGAGAAAUGGGUCAAGCACAGAAGGAUUAUAAACCCUGCAUUUCAUAUGGAAAAAUUAAAGAAAAUGUUGUCAGCAUUUUAUACAAGCAGUAAUGAGAUGGUUAGCAAAUGGGAGAAAUUGGUUACACCAGAAGGGCGUUGUGAAUUGGAUGUGUGGCCAGAACUCCAAAAUUUAACAGGGGAUGUCAUCUCUAGGGCAGCAUUUGGUAGCUCCUACGAAGAAGGUAGACAGAUAUUCAAAUUGCAAGAUGAGCAAGGCCAGCUCCUCAUGCAGUCUUUGCAGACUGCAUUCUUACCUGGUUUUAGUUUGCUACCAACGAAAAGGAACAAAAGAAUUAAAGAGAUUUACAGCGAAGUGCGGGCCCUUCUAAUGGGCAUCAUUAGCAAAAGACAAGAGGCCAUGAAGGCUGGAGAAGCUAACAACGAUGACUUGUUAGGCUUGUUACUUGAAUCUAACUAUAAUGAAAUUCAAGAAAAUAAAAACAAGAAGAAUGUUGGGAUGACUAUCGACGAGGUCAUCAAAGAGUGUAAGCUCUUCUACUUUGCAGGGCAGGAAACCACAUCUGUUCUCCUUGUUUGGACAAUGAUUGUAUUAAGUAUGCAUCCGGAAUGGCAAGUGCAUGCGAGGGAAGAAGUCUUUCAAGUCUUUGGAAAGAGCAAACCGAAUUUUGAUGGACUAAAUCACCUCAAAAUUGUUAACAUGAUUCUGUAUGAGGUUCUCAGAUUGUAUCCACCAGUGCUGCAGCUUAGUCGGUGUACAUACAAGAACAUAAAACUAGGAGAAAUAUCUUUGCCACCUGGAAUACAGCUAAUGUUACCUAUAGUCCUUAUUCACCAUGAUCAUGAAGUAUGGGGUGAAGAUGCAGAAGAAUUCAAACCAGAGAGAUUUGCAGAAGGAAUUUCAAAGGCCACAAAGAAUAAAGUCUCAUUUUUCCCAUUUGGUUGGGGUCCUCGAAUAUGCAUUGGGCAGAACUUCGCGAUAAUAGAAGCAAAGAUGGCUUUAGCAAUGAUUCUACAACGAUUUUCUUUUGAACUUUCUCCAUCCUAUGCUCAUGCUCCUACUACUGUAGUAACUUUACAUCCACAGUAUGGUGCUCAAAUUAUAUUACAUAAACUGUAGAAUCAUCUUCAUAAUCAUCAUUUGUUGCUGAUCUGAUAUUAGAAACAUUUAUUGUGAGUUAUUUUGAUAGUUUAAUGUGUUUUGUACCAAAUGUACCAUCUUUACAUGUGUUUGAAAAUCUACUAUUAGCAUCAAAGGAGAGAAUAUUGUUAUUUGUGUAA